AUGUCUGGAGAUAAUCAAGGGGAAUCCCUAGGUCUGGGUGAAAGGAAACACAUACAUAGAGUUUGGAGUGAUCUUCAACAUAGUCUUAGUAUGGCUACUUGGUGGAAUGAAAAUGCUAAAGUUUCUGAUUGUGAUGAUCCGAAGGAGAUGAUUACUACUACUACUACUACUACUACUACUACUACUACUACUACUACUACUACUACUACUACUACUACUACUACUACUACUACUACUACUACUACUACUACUACUACUACUACUACUACUACUACUACUACUACUACUACUACUACUACUACUACUACUACUACUACUACUACUACUACUACUACUACUACUACUACUACUACUACUACUACUACUACUACUACUACUACUACUACUACUACUACUACUACUACUACUACUACUACUACUACUACUACUACUACUACUACUACUACUACACUACUACUACUACUACUACUACUACUACUACUACUACUACUACUACUACUACUACUACUACUACUACUACUACUACUACUACUACUACUACUACUACUACUACUACUACUACUACUACUACUACUACUACUACUACUACUACUACUACUACUACUAACUACUACUACUACUACUACUACUACUACUACUACUACUACUACUACUACUACUACUACUACUACUACUACUACUACUACUACUACUACUUACUACUACUACUACUACUACUAA